CAGAUAUAGACGUUCGUAUGGGGAUGUACACACGUAUUUCAUAGGUGGAUAAAGGGGUCACAUAGGUAAGGGAUGGGCGAGAGAAAAGGGGCAGGGCAGGGCAGGGAGGGGGCACACCACACCACAGCACAGCACAGCACUCGUCUGGCCGACCGUUUUUUUGCUUCCAUUGUUCUUCUGUUAUGUCAUGAGAGUACAGCCAAGUGGGGCAGUCAGAUUGCAUUGCAUUGCAUUCAAUGCAUCCAUCCAUUCACCCACAGCACACCGCACAGACAAGAGAUCACGCCACACAUGUGUGGGGAAGAGAGAGCAUUGCAUCCACCCGAGACCCAAGCACCCCACCCAUCCAUCAUCACGCAUGGCUGAGCUAUGACUGACUGACUGACUGACUGGCAUGCCACGGACUUAUCAUUCCCAUGAGCUGAAAACGUUUGCUGCCGCCCGCCCUUGUAGUAUGAUUGAUACACGCGCCAUGCGCACGAGCGCACAUGCACAUACAAGUACAUGACACAAAAACGGUGAAAAUCGAACGUCUGUACAUGCAUUGCAAGCGGGACAUACAGAAAAGGAAAAGCGAGAGCGAACAAUCAUCCGCUGCUCUUGCCCCUCUGUGUGCAUCUGGUUCUCACCCUGACCACGCAGGCGACACACAGACUGUUGCCAUCGUGAGCACUCCCGUCGCUCCGUCUCGUGUAUUCCGCCUUCCCCGAUCGUCCACGCAUCUGCCAUGGUGCCGUGACUGUGAGGCAACACAUCUUCGGAGAUGUGUUCCCUCAGCGUCACAGCAGACAAGUUGAUGCACAAACGAGAAGGGAAGAAAAGGCAGCAAAACAGACUCUGUACAGCCAUGGUACACGUAUCCCCUCCCUCCCUCCCUCCCUCCCUCGUUCCCAUAUAUCUGUUUGUAUCCAUCUAUCUUUCUGUCUCAGCCUCUGUCGGUUUUGCUCCCGCUGCUGCUGCUGGUCCUCGGCCGUUUCACAAGCAUCGGGCGCUUCUUGAUGCCUUGGAAACGCAACAAGGCCGCCUGACCAACAAACACACGGAACCACACAUUGGUGAACGCCUGCAUGUGUGUGGCCGCAUACCCUGAGGUUGUGGUAGGCCCAUUCGUCCUUGCUCACACGAGGGAAGUUGCGGGGCUGGCGGAAGUCCUUCUGAACAAACGACGACAGAGAGGGCUCUGAGGUGAGUGUGGCUGCGUGUGUGUGUGUGUGUGUGUACUCACCGCGGCGCAUGUCUUGCACAGGGGCACCUUGGUAUCACCAGCUGCACACACAUACAAACAAACGGUCUGUGCACACCACUUUCUCUGUGUGUCUGUUUGGCAUACAUACAGGCGUGCUGGGCGGAGAAGACGCGUGUGGCGGGCUCUGCACACUCGACACACGUGUGCUUGACAUACAGCUCCUUCCACCCUAAGCGACCGCGAGUCCUGCAAGCCAAACGAGACGCACCACAUCCAUGCAACUCAACUCCUGCCCAUUUGUCCAUCCCCCCCAACCCACCGAGUGCCCGUCUGCUUGAUGUGGUGUCGCUCGCAGAGCUGCUUCCACAGGUGCUGAUCCGCAAACAAGGAGGCUUCCUGCCACACACCGGACACCUGCACACACAACAGACAGCCAGACAAAUGACGAACGACGGCACACGAACGACCUCAGCCGUGGUGACCUGCUCUUACCUGCUCGCACGCAGCGAGUGCCCGACCGCAGCCCAGAUAGCUCAUCACCGUGUAGGCGCACUCAGGGCUGAGCGCCAUGAUCACCACGAUGAGCGGCUCUAUCACUGCAGACACACACCAGGCAGAUGUAGUUGGAAGCGCUGUCAUUCCUGCUGUUCUCCUCCUGCAUCUGCGCUUACGGUGCUCAUCUCCUUUUCCCGACCGAUGCUAUGAGAGGUCCACACACUAUAUCGUGCUUGGGGCGUGGAGCCUCGAAACAAAAUUAUAAGCUCUGAUUGCCAUGAGGACGCAGAAUGGCUACAAAGGCACUUCGAGAGGGCUUCCCUGUUCCCCCC